UUUAAAUUCAUCUUCUCUCCGCAUAUCUCGCCAGAUGCUAAAAUCACUGUUUCAGGAAUUGGAUGACAGUGUCAAUCAUCAGGGUUUUGUUUUUUGUUUUUUAGGGUUUCUCUCUCAAUUCUUCCCCAAUUUCUCCGCCCUAUUUCCCCUAAAUGUAUCAAUUCCUUUGAUGGAUUUCGUGUGAAUUGCAAUGGGUUGCAUCGGUUCCAAAAAUGUGGUUAGGUCUUUCAGUUCUCCCUUACACGAUUCACAUUUUUCCACACAUUUUUUGGGUUCUUCGUCUUCGAAGAAUCACGAUCAUGAUCAUAAUCGCGAUCAUCCAAUUGAGCCAUCGACGAAGAUCAACAAGGGAACACGUAGACGAUACCAUGAUAAGAUCAGUAAGAACAAGGACAAUCACGUUGUUAUUAAUGAUCCAUUAUCCGAAACUUCAAAUUCCGAUUCGAUUAAUUUCAAUUUUGGAAGAUUAACUGAAGCAGAACACAUCGCCGGCGCCGCUGGAUGGCCCUCUUGGCUUAGUGCCGUCGCCGGUGAAGCCAUUCACGGUUGGCUCCCUUUAAAAUCCGAUAGCUUCCAAAGAUUCGAAAAGAUUGGACAAGGUACAUACAGUUGUGUCUAUAGAGCACGUCACAUCGAGAGUGGCAAAAUGGUUGCAUUGAAGAAGGUGCGAUUUGACAUUUUACUUCCAGAGAGUAUCAAGUUCAUGGCUCGAGAGAUCACAAUCCUCCGUAAGCUCGACCACCCUAACAUCAUAAAACUCCAAGGGAUAAUCACAUCCCGAUUAUCACGUAACAUAUACUUCGUCUUUGAAUACAUGGAACACGAUCUUUCCGGUCUUCUAUCAUGUCCCGACAUCAAGUUCAGUGAUUCCCAGAUUAAAUGCUAUAUGAAACAACUAUUGAACGGAAUCGAGCAUUGCCACUCACUUGGAGUACUACAUCGAGAUAUAAAAACCGCGAAUAUUUUGGUGAAUAAUGAAGGGAUUUUGAAGAUUGCGGAUUUUGGUCUUGCGAAUUUUUAUUGUCAAAGGAGUACCCAAUCAAUGACUAGUCAUGUUGUGACUUUGUGGUAUCGGCCUCCCGAACUUCUUUUAGGGUGCACAAAAUAUGGGACGUGUGUUGAUCUUUGGAGCAUCGGGUGUGUUUUUGUUGAACUUUUUCUUCGCAAACCGAUCCUCAAGGCACGAACCGAGGUGGAACAAUUGCACAAAAUAUUCAAGCUGUGUGGGACUCCUCCUGAUGGGUAUUGGAACAAGUCGAAGCUUCCUUUUGCAACGAUGUUUAAACCUCAUCGUAAUUACGAAAGUACCCUUCGGGAAAGAUGUAAAGAAGUCCCGAAAACUGCGAUUGACCUUAUCGAGACUUUACUUUCCGUAGAGCCUCACAGACGGGGGACAGCUAAAUCUGCCCUAGAAUCCGAGUAUUUCAAAACGAAACCCUUUGCGUGUGAUCUCGCUAGCUUGCCGAAGUAUCCCCCGAACAAAGAAAUCGAUGCAAAAGUCCGUAAGGAAGCAUGUAGAAAGAAGCCAGGUGGCAUGCUUAGGGCAUCUGGAGCAGCUUCAAGAAAUCCAAGAAUGGUGCGAACAAGUAGCCAAGAGCAAACUAGUUUCCGUAAAGUGGGUCCUACAAAGGUGAAUCCAGAUAGAAACAAUGGCAUCAAUGGUGGAUUCCGUGACACGGUAUCGGAGUAUUCACAAAAUACAGAAAGGUCCGGUGAAUCUGACAUCAUCCCGACACAACCCACACCUUCAAACGGUGGUUUCGUGUGGGCAACACGGCGGCAGAAGCAGAAUCAGAAACAGAAACAUCCGGCGACUGGCGGCACCACCCAACGUGGAGGCGCAAUGGCGGUGUGUGUGAUAUAUUCUUCUUCAGCCGAUGGAGAAUGUAGGAGCAGCAGGGGUUUUAGAAACCGAAGGGUUUGCAGUGGUUCUUUUGAUAUAUCUCACAAUUUACCAAAUGCUUCGGUUCCCACGAACGAAUCUGAUAAUGAUUGACCAGGUUCAAGAAAGUCAAACGUUCAUAUUUUGAUGGAGCUGUACUUACAGUGGGCAGGAACAUUUUACCAAGAAAAGAAGGACGAAUGAUUUCAAG